UUAGAUUUUUCACUAAAUUUUUAUUAAAUUUCUUCAUUAACCAUUCAUAAAUAUACAAAUUAAUGUGUAUUAUAAUAAUUGAUUUAUCAACAAAGAUAAAUUUUGCAAUAAUAAUACAAAAUAUAAAUACAAACUAAAAAUAUGUAAACAUAUUGUGAAUUUUAUAUUUCAUUUUGCAAAAAUAUUUAUAUAUCUUAUAUAAUGUAUUAUAUUAUAUCAAUAAAAAAUUAAUUUUUUAUUUUUGAAAAUUAAUUACAUCGAUUAUAUAAUUUGUUUAAUUUUAAUUUCAUUCUUGUUUGUUUUUAUUAUUACAAAAAAGGAAAAUAUUAAAUUGUGUAUGUUGUGUAUUAUAUUAAAAUAUAUUGUAUUAUAUGUAUUAAAUGUAUUAUAUUAAAAUAUAAAUAUUAAAAUAAGAUAUAUUCAAUAUUAAAAUAAGGUAUCCACAUAAUUUCUACAUUGCUGUCUGAAGUAUGCAUGAUACGUAAGUAAAUACGUAUAAUCGAGUAUGAUUUCGUCAGUCGAUGUCUUACGUACGAAGAGUUAAGUUCAAGAGUUAAAUUCAAAAGUUGUAGAUAUAAAUAAAUAAAUAUUAAUAAAUUUAUUUAUUAUUAUUAUCGCAAAAAAAAAUCUGAAUUUAAAAACAUAAAUAUGAAAUCAAAAAAAUCAAGUAACAUCGGAAUAUUGUAUUUAAGAGCUUAUAAUCUUUUACAAACUAUUGGUUGGUCUUACAUAUUAUAUAAACUUUUAACAAAUGAUUAUUCUUCUACAAUAGAAGCAAAUUUAUGGCAAAAUAUAAAAUGGCCUGUCAUUAUUUUUCAACAUGCUGCUCUUUUAGAGGUAAUUCAUGCUGCAACUGGUUUAGUUAAUGCAAAACCAAUGAUUACACUUAUUCAAGUAUUAAGUCGUGUUUUUGUUGUAAGUUGUGUAAUUUUAGCAACUCCAUAUAAUUAUGCAGCUUCAUCUUUUGCUCUUCCAAUGAUGAUCUUAGCAUGGUGUAUAUCAGAAAUAAAUAGAUAUAUAUUUUAUGGUCUGAAUCUUUUUGGACUUAAUCCUUAUUUUGUUAAAUGGCUAAGAUAUACAUUAUUUUAUAUAUUAUAUCCAAUUGGUGUAAGUGGAGAAUUAAUAUGUACAUAUUCAGCAGUAAAAUAUACAAAUUCUCACCCAGAAGCAUGGAGUUAUAGACUUCCUAACUCAUGGAAUUUUAUAUUUAGUUAUCAAAUUUUACUUAUAACUGUUAUGUUAUCAUAUAUUCCCUUUUUUCCACAAACAUAUAUGCAUAUGAUUGCUCAAAGACGUAAAAAUGUGGGAAGUGAUGCACUUAAAAAAGCUAAGUAAUAUGAAUGGAGUUUGGCACAUAUUAAUAAUAUUUUAUAAUAUUUUGUUGAAAAUAAAUAUUGUAAUAUUUUAUAAAAA